AUGAAGCUUCUUGUGCUAGCAACAUUCCUGGCGAUCAGCGUCCAGCUGUCGGUACAGCAAAACUACUGCGACAAGGCGCUGUGCCCCAAGAAGGGACCGCACAUCGCAUGUAAUGGGCUUACUACGCUGGCCAAAGCCUGCGGAGCGAGUGGCCGCGAGGUCCCCAUGGAUGCCACCAACCAGGCCCUGAUCUUGGAUCUGCACAACAAGCUGCGCAGCACGCUGGCUUCCGGCAAGCAAACGCCGUAUCCGGCGGCCUCCAAGAUGCCCACCGUGCAAUGGGACAAAUCGCUGGCUGACAUUGCCGCGGCCAACGCGCGCCGUUGCGUGUAUGGCCACGAUGCCUGCCGGAACACGGUGGCGUUCCCGAGCGCCGGCCAGAACAUUGCCAGCUCGGGAUGGUCCGGCAUGACGUUCACGGACGUGCAGCUGAUUACCAAGUUCGUUAACCUGUGGUACGACGAGUACAAAGUUGCCAACCCCUCGUACACCGCGAAGUACCCGAGUGGCUAUUCUGGUCCGGAUAUUGGCCACUUCACCCAGAUUGCUUCCGACCGUACCGAUCGUAUCGGAUGUGCGAUGGUCACCUUCAAGCCUACGGCGACCUCCAACAAGGCGAUCAUGGUUUGCAACUACGGUCUGACCAACGUUAUUGGACAACCUGUGUACGUUUCGGGAACGGCAUGCUCCGGAUGCAAGACCGGCUGCAGCAAGACGUACGCUGGGCUGUGCAGCACUAGCGAAGUCGUCGUGUCGAAAAUGUGAGUU